CAUGAUGGCGUCUUCCACGGAUCAGAAUCUGCUGGAUCUCACGGAUAAAGACACCCGGGAGAAACUCUCUUUCUGGGACCGACGAGUGGACCCCAUGGCGCCGUUAACAGACAGACAGACGGACUCGAUACUGGAGCUCCGCGCAGCCGCAGAAGAGACCCUCCUGCCCGCUGAGCUGCCAAUCGAGGACAUCUGCAGUCUGUCGUCUCGCUCGCUGCGCUCGUCUUUCACUGCUGCUCUGCCCGAGUCCACUGAAGAAGUGCUGCUGCAGGGCUUUCAGAUGCUGGAGCUCCACAACCACCGGAUCGAGACGGCACAGCAGUUCUUUUCCUGGUUCUCAAAGCUGCAGGUUCAGAUGGAUCAGGAUGAAGCCUCCAAGUACAGGAAGACUCAAGAUGUUCUGAACGGCUAUCAGGAGCAGUGCGACGCCAUACUGAACGAUGUGAACACUGCUCUGGAUCAUCUGGACUCUCUGCAGAAGCAGUAUCUGUUUGUGUCCACAAAAACAGGAACACUGCAUGAGGCCUGUGAACAACUGCUGAAGGAGCAGUCAGAGUUGGUGGAUCUGGCCGAGAGCAUCCAAGAGAAGCUGUCAUAUUUUAAUGAGCUGGAAAACAUCAACACGAAACUGAACUCUCCAACAUUAUCCGUGAACAGUGAAGGAUUCGUCCCCAUGCUCUCCAAAUUAGACGAAUGCAUAGAAUAUGUUUCAUCACAUCCCAAUUUUAAAGACUAUCCAGUCUAUCUGACCAAGUUCAAGCAGUGUCUGUCCAAAGCCAUGCAACUCAUCAAGAGCCACACUGUCAACACACUGCAGAACCUGACGGGUCAGCUCAGCAAACGGGAUCCGCUGGGCGCUCCCAAUGCAGACAAUGCCUUCACACUGUACUACGUCAAAUUCAGAGCAGCUGCACCAAAAGUUCGAAGGCUAAUUGAGCAAGUUGAGCAGCGGUCUGAAAAAAUCCCAGAGUAUCAUCAGCUGCUGGAGGAGAUUCAUCAGUGUUAUCUGGACCAGAGAGAAGUUCUGCUCAGCCCCAGUAUAAACUCCACCAUCACAGACCUCACCAGCCAGAACAACAAAGACCACUGCGCUCUGGUGCGCAGUGGCUGUGCAUUUAUGGUUCACGUCUGUCAAGAUGAGCAUCAGCUUUACAAUGAGUUCUUCUCCAAACCUACAUCCAAACUGGAUGAGCUCCUGGAGAAGCUUUGUCUGUCUCUGUAUGAUGUUUUGCGGCCGCUGAUCAUCCAUGUAGUUCAUCUGGAGACGCUUUCUGAGCUCUGCGGCAUCUUGAAGAACGAAAUGCUUGAAGAUCACGUCCAAAACAAUGUGGUUCAGCUGGCUGCGUUUGAUGCUGUGGUAAAGCAGAUGCUGGAGGACGUUCAGGAGCGAUUGGUCUACAGGACGCACAUCUACAUCCAGACCGACAUCAUCGGCUACAAACCGGCUCCAGGAGACCUGGCCUACCCUGACAAGCUGGAGAUGAUGGAGAAAAUCGCUCAGAGUCUGAAAGAGGAGCAGAUGAAGCUGAACUCCAGCAACUCCUUCUCUGAUGUUCAGCUGGAGGAGUCUGAGAACAAGAAGCUCAUCAGCUCGGACACGCGGCUGCAGAGCUCUGUUUCUCCAGCAGAUCUUCAUGGCAUGUGGUAUCCUACUGUCAGACGGACGCUCGUGUGCCUCUCCAAACUCUACCGCUGCAUAGACAGGACAGUGUUUCAGGGUCUCUCUCAGGAAGCUCUGUCUGCCUGCAUACAGUCUCUGCUCCACGCUUCAGACAUCAUUCAGAAGAACAAGACUCAGAUCGACGGGCAGCUCUUCCUCAUCAAACAUCUGCUGAUCAUGAGGGAACAGAUCGCUCCCUUUCACGCAGACUUCGCCAUUAAAGAGAUUUCACUGGAUCUCAAGAAGACCAGAGAUGCUGCUUUUAAGAUUCUCAAUCCUAAAGCUGUGCCAAAUUUCUUCCGUCUGAACAGCCAUAACGCCAUCCUGGAGUUCCUGCUGGAGGGCACGCCGGAGAUUAAAGAGCACUACAUCGACUCUAAGAAGGACGUGGACCGACACCUGAAGCUGAGCUGUGAGAGCUUCAUCCAGCAGCAGACACUCAUGUUUGUGGGAAACCUGGACCAGUUCCUCAGCAGGGUUGGAGCUCUGAAAACGAUGGCGGUUCAAGGAGGACCAACAUACAACCUUUCCCAGCAGCCCUGGGCUCAGCCUGCCAAGAUUAAUGACGUGGUGAUGUCCACAUAUCGAGUCCUGAAGAACAAGCUUCCCAGUACAUUACAGAGCAUGACUUUAUAUCUGGCCAAUAAAGACACAGAGUUCAUCCUGUUCAAGCCGGUCCGGAACAACAUCCAGCAGGCAUUUCAGAAGCUGCAUGCAUUACUGCAGGAGGAGUACAGUGGAGAAGACCUGCAGAUCAUCGCAUGUCCAUCCAUGGAGCAGAUAAAUCUGCUGCUGUCUGUGAAAUAACACUUAGCUCUGGACUGGAUUCAUCUGAAGUCCACGCCAGCUUCGAGAAAGACUGGAAAAAGCUCCUGAGACUGGUUUAAAGUUCACCAAAGAGCUGUUCAGAGUCCUCAGAAAUCAGGUGCAGGGUUUGCCAUUGACUAUAAAUCACUUUGUACAGAUUUAAAUUAAUAUAAAGACCGAAAUGAAGCAUCUGUAAUAUCCAAACACACUGAUGUGGGUCUGAACAUCCUCCAGCAGGGGGCGCUGUGUGUCUUACGCCCACAAGUCAGCUUUAUUAGGAGGAAAUUAGACUGUAGACCUGAAACCAGAGGAAAUACCUGUGAGGAUGAAGGAAAUGAGAUGUGAAUGACCUGUUUUUAUUAGGUUUUGCAUUAGGAAAUGCAUAUUCUGUUGUUAUUUACUCACCGUGUGUCAUUUAAAGGAGCUGUUCACACAAAAAUAGUCAUUGUGUUCAGGCGUGUAUGCUUUAAGAGGAUAUUAUGGUUUGGUUUCCAUUGACUUGCAUUGUAAUCAACAUUCUGCAAAACAUCUUUUUUUUGGGAGAAGCUUGAGAGUGCGUAAAUAAUGAUGAGAGAUCACCUUUAAGUGGAUUAUCUGUUUAAAACCUAAAGUAAAACACUUUUCCAUGCAUCUAUUUCCCCCAAAGUGCUGUAAAGCAUUAUAACUGCUAUUAUUUACUCACGCUCGUGUCAUUUAAAGGGGCCGUUCACACACAAAUUGUAUGUUUUUUUCAAGCCUGUAUGCUUUUAGAGCAUAUUAUGCUUUGAUUUCCAUCGACUUCCAUUGUGAUCAACAUUCUGCAGAACAUCUUCUUUUUUGGAGAGGCGUAAGAGUGCAUAAAUAAUGAUGAGAGAUCAUUUUUGGGUGGAUUAUCUGUUUAAAAUCUGAAGAAAAGCACGUUGAUAUUGCAUCUCUUUCUCCAGAAUUGCCGUAAAGCAUUAUACCUGAAUUAAUCAACAUGACUUGCUCGUUACAUGACUCUCUUUAAUGUUGUAAGAUGUUUCUGAAGAUGUUUUGAUGAGGGUGAGUAUUUGGUAACAUUAUUUUCAUUCAUUUCUGCACUUUCAUCUCAGCUGCAUCUUGGGAGUUUUGGCUUUCUGGGAGAAAUCUUUUCUGAGCUUUUUAUACACACUAUAACGUAUAUCGCGUCAUGUUUGACACAGGUGACCCUGUUUCUGUGUUGUACAGUUGUGCUGAAUUCAUGUAAAUACUUACUAAAGCUCUAAGGUUUAUUACACAA